AUGGUCCCACAGUGCUUCCCAUUCCAUGAAGUCAACAAAAACGCAAACCUGAGCGAGUUCAUGUAUCAAGCUGACAUGGUGCUCACUCUAAUCCAAGCUGAGCAAAUUGGUAACAACAGCGAAGAUGAUCGUACGAAGCGUCAGGCCUACCGCGACAUUUUCUACCCAAACACAAUUUGGGGAAGAACAGUAUACUACUACUUUGAUCCCACU